AUGCGAAAAUCGUGCUCAGUACUUCCUGAGCUUGAAGCGCUCGCACAAAAUGAGACAAAAACGUUUGAGGAUCUCAUCUUUUUCCAUCGCCGGAUUCACGAUACAAAUUUUGUGUCCUCUGUCUCUAAAAACGUUCAUCACUGUUCUUCAAAUGUCAAUCGGAAAUCGCACGUUUUCGAUAUCACAAGCCCUUUGAAUCUGAUGAUUUGUCUUCCUCCAAAGUGUGGGACGACUAAUUGGCAAAGAGCGAUGUCAGCUGUGUAUCUGAACCACACUCAGAAAAACUAUAACCCGAAAGAGCUACUUGGUCAUAGCAUGUAUAAAAUUCUGCCGCGAGUAGACCUUGAAAAGCUGAGAAAAGCGACCGAGACGAGAUCAAGCAAGUUCAAAGAAAAUAGAUUCCGAAUAGCAAAUGUUCGAAACCCUUUUUCUCGACUAUACUCUGCGUGGGGAGACAAGCAAAGAGUGACUUCGAGCUACCUUUCGUACUGGCGCGGCGUGAAGCCUUUUCAAGAAGCAUUGGGAAACCCGCCGCAAGGAAUGAAUAACUCUUUCACCGCUUUUGCGCAGUAUGUUGCGGCUAAUCCCGGAAACAGCAAAAUGAACUUCCACUGGACUUCCACUUUCUCGCAAUGCCACCCAUGCGCAAUAGACUACAACAUCAUCACGCACCUUGAGAACAGCGGAGAAGAGUCUGAGGUUAUCAUGAAAAUGUUCGGUUUGGGCGAGGAUGUGAAACUGGGAGAGAAAUACGCUUGGUCUCCAGCCAAAGCAGAUGAGUUAAAAUGGCAGAGUGUCCCUCGAGGAACUGCGAAAAAAUCUACCGCCACUAUUACCUGGAUUUCGUCUUGUUCGGUUACUCGCCAGAUGAAGUCAUGA